UCAGGCAGGUGAUUGCCUUUCUUUCUGCUCCUCUGCUUUUUUUUGCGUGAAUGCUGGACAGCGAGAAGUCUGCCUGAAAGCCUGGGAGAGCUUGGGAAAAGCCACGGUGGAGAGUUGUGGUGGUUUGGAUUUAUUUGGCACAAAGUACUCGCACCUCUGCUCGAGGGAUUCGUAUGGCUUGAAGGGCCUGUGCAACACCUGUGUGGCAGGGUGGAGCUGGCGGCUGGCACUGGGGCCCCCAUGGAUCCCCUCAACCUCUCGUGGUACGACGGGGACAGGAACUGGAGCAGGGCCCUGAACGCCUCGGAGGCGGCGCACAGGCCGCACUACAACUACUACGCCGUGCUGCUGGCCCUCCUCAUCUUCAUCAUCGUCUUUGGCAACGUCCUGGUGUGCAUGGCAGUGUCCAGGGAGAGGGCCCUGCAGACCACCACCAACUACCUGAUCGUCAGCCUGGCCGUGGCUGACCUGCUGGUGGCCACGCUCUGCAUGCCCUGGGUGGUCUACAUGGAGGUGGUUGGGGAGUGGCGGUUCAGCCGCAUCCACUGCGAUAUCUUUGUCACCCUGGAUGUCAUGAUGUGCACUGCCAGCAUCCUCAACCUCUGUGCCAUCAGCAUUGACAGGUACACGGCCGUGGCCAUGCCCAUGCUCUACAACACCCGCUACAGCUCCAAGCGCAGGGUCACCGUCAUGAUCGCCGUGGUCUGGGUGCUCUCCUUUGCCAUCUCCUGCCCGCUCCUCUUCGGCCUCAACAACACAGAUGAGAAGGAGUGCAUCAUUGGCAACCCUGCCUUCGUGGUGUACUCCUCCAUCGUGUCCUUCUACGUGCCCUUCAUGGUGACGCUGCUGGUGUACGUGCAGAUCUACAUCGUGCUGCGGCGGCGCAGGAAGCGCGUCAGCACCAAGCGCAGCAGCCACGUGCUGGACUCGGACACGCAGGCCCCCCUGAAGGACAAAUGCACUCAUCCAGAAGACGUCAAGCUCUGCACAGUUAUUGUGAAGUCCAAUGGGAGCUUCCAAGUUAAUAAGCGCAAAGUGGAGGCAGAGAGUCACAUAGAAGAGAUGGAAAUGGAGAUGGUGUCCAGUACCAGUCCCCCUGAGAAAACGGCCCUCAAACCCACAGCACCAAGUAACCACCAGUUGAUUGUGCCAGUUGCUUCUAAUCGGGGCAACAACUCUACCCUGCAGGCACCCCUGAGCAGCCCUGGGAAGGUGGAGAAGAAUGGCCAUGCCAAAGAAUCCCACCACACAGCCAAGGUCUUCGAGAUCCACUCCCUGCCCAACGGCAAGACGAGGAACUUGCUCAAGGCCGUCAUCAGGAGGAAAAUGUCCCAGCAGAAGGAGAAGAAAGCCACGCAGAUGCUGGCCAUCGUGCUCGGUGUUUUCAUCAUCUGCUGGCUCCCCUUCUUCAUCACUCACAUCCUGAACAUGCACUGCGACUGCAACAUCCCGCCGGCCAUGUACAGCGCCUUCACGUGGCUCGGCUACGUCAACAGCGCUGUCAACCCCAUUAUCUACACCACCUUCAACAUCGAGUUUCGCAAGGCUUUCAUGAAGAUCCUCCACUGCUAAAGCCACAA